ACCAUAAAACACUACAAAGUAAACUAGUAAUAGUAAAAAUAAUUAUGUUCGGGUCUACUGCAAACGGAACUGGGCCAAGUGAAGCUCAAAUAUACAACAACAAUAUCGAUAGAUCAACUCUUCCUAAAUACACACGAGCUGAAUUAUCUAAAUACAACGGGUCGGACGAUCCCAAGCUUUAUGUUGCCAUCCGGGGAACCAUAUACGAUGUAACUGCCAAUGAAGCCAAUUAUGGUCAGGGAAAGGCAUAUCAUAAAUUAGUCGCCAAAGACGUCAGUAGACUAUUGGGAUUGAAUCGAUUGGUGUUGCCAGCUGGUCAGGAGCCGACCCUGGGAGAAGAAGAUUUAACCUUGACUACUUGGUAUACUGGGGAUUUGGAUGACAAACAGAAUGGAAUUAUUGAUAAUUGGAUUCAGUUUUUUGAAAAGAGAUAUCAUAUAGUUGGUGUAGUCAGUGAUGUAUAGAUAUAUGUAGAUGUUUUUUUGCUGUACCAAAACCAACUUCUACUGUUGCCGAAGUUCUGCCUUCUUUUUCCUCCACCAUAGGAAAACCAACCCACCAUGUGAAUAUUUUUGAAGAACUUAAUCUGGUAAAUUUUCUACAUUACACAAUCUCUUGGCAGUAUAUAUCUAAAUCUAUUUUAUCUUAGUAUAGAUUGAUUGAAUCCUGUAGCUGUGGUUUACUGUAUAAGUACUAAUAAAGAUUUGC